AUGCUUCGCUGUAUCGACCAGAUUGGAAGAAUGGAACUGGCACAGCAUGUUCGUUUCGUAAUUGCUGACGCUCUUGCUUACCGUAAUUUUGCUGCGAUAAAAUUCAUAGCUGAAGAUGCAGCCUCUCAUCUGGACAAAUACUCAUAUUUCAGCGGUCUCGAGCAGAUGGUCUAUCCGGUUCGCUACGUUGGCGGUUUAGUAGAGAUGUGGUUAAAAAGGGAUUCUCUCACAAAGAUUGCCGAUGGCAAGGAUGUAUAUCGUCAGCGUAGUCUUCAUAGUGCAGUUGAGAGCAUCGCUGAUGUACUACGGGAGGACACUUCAUUCAAUCCAAUUUGCCGUGGUCUUUUAAUUUUCGCCUGCGACCUCGUCUGCUCUGCUCUUGAAGCUAUUUUUGGUCGUCCUUGCCAACGAAUUGAUGAAUUGAUUGAAAGAAGUUGUCUUGAUCACCAUACAGGCAUGAGCUUGCUUCGCAAACUUAGCAAAGGGCUUCUAUCAUCUCACACCGAUGAACGCAUAUUAAGUGUACUAAAUCAAUUAUCUGCUCUAUCAUUAAUGGAAACUGCGAAUUUUCAUCAAAGCAGGAACGCAGCUGGAGAAGUAGCAUUCUUUCCAGGAAGUGAAGGUGACAAUUCUUGUGAUAACGCCAUAGAAGUUGAGUUAGCAAACGUCCCAUCAUUCUUAAGCGAGCCAGUCGAGAUAGACGAGUUGAAGGAGUUGAGCAGAACAAGUCAGAUAGACGAAUCGGACAUGCGUGGUUGUAAGCGAAUUCUAGACGAUGAUGACGAUUUCGACAGCGUCCACAAGCAGCGAUCCCACGUAGAUAUUACUGAACACAGAAACUUUCGUCCUGUGCCGGAAUCGUGUGCUAAAGAGAGCGAUGGUGCAAAUGUAAGCGAGGAAAGUUCGGAUCACAACGAUGUCUCAUCUGUGGCGCCGUCUCGGUCUGUUUGCGAACAAGUGGAGACAAUGAUGGCUGGGGUGAAGUAUUGCAAGGAACGCGAACUUGGUAAGGAGAAGAAACAUGGUAAAGAUGUCAAGCGCGAUGCGCUAGAACAAAAAGAGCCUCGUGACAUGUGUGAUUUUCCGCCUCUUGAGAGCAAACAUGGAGAGGACCGUUUCACCGAUCUCAAAGAAGAAAGCGCGGUGGUAGAAGGAGAUGAUGCUUUUGAUUUGCGUCAACCGCAAAACUUGAGUGGGCAAAAAUUCCGGGGAGGCGAAGGUCAGUUACACAAAGAGAUUUAUUCAGACUGCUUUCAUGAAAUUUUACUAUCAGCUUCUUGGUUCGAAAAGAAGAUUUGGAUAGGUUCGAUAUCUUAG